GCCGGCGCGCAGUCGGAGCUCCAGCCCCGUAACCGAGCGCACACCGAGCCUCAGCCGCCCGCCCGCCCGCCUUCUUCUGCUCCCGCUUCGGCCUCUUUGAGCGUAGACCCCCAACUCUCUGAAUCUCCCACCGAGCGAUCCGUGCAUCUGCGAGGCGCCUCUCCAGCAUGUCGCUGAAGGUCCAGACCAGCAACGUGACCAACAAAACGGAUCCAAAGUCCAUCAACUCGCGGGUGUUCAUCGGCAACCUGAACACGGCCGUGGUGAAGAAGUCGGACGUGGAGGGCAUCUUCUCAAAGUACGGCCGGGUCCUGGGAUGCUCCGUGCACAAGGGCUACGCCUUCAUCCAGUACGCCAGCGAGAGGCACGCCAUGGGCGCCGUGAUCGGGGAGAACGGCCGGGUGCUGGCGGGUCAGACGUUGGAUAUCAACAUGGCUGGAGAGCCGAGGCCGAGCAGACCCAAAAUCCUGAAGCGCUCAGCCGCUUCUCUCUACAGCGGCUACGAGUUUGACUACGACUACUACAGAGAAGACUUCUACGACAGGUUGUUCGAGUACCACGGCGCCGUGUCUCCGGUCCCUCGGGUGGUGCCCAUCAAACGCCCCCGGGUGGCGGUGCCCGUCGUGCGGCGGGUCAAGUCCCUGCCCGUCAAACUGCUGUCGCGUAACGCCUCCAUCUUCCCCGCCAGCAACAGGCAGAGAUCGGUGAAAGGUCCAGAGCUUCAGGCGAUCAAGUGCGAGUUGACUCAGAUUAAAGCCAACAUCGAAGCUCUGCUGGGCAGACUGGAGCAGAUCACAGAAGACACACACAUCACCUCCUCAGAGCUGAGGAAGGCAGGCGAGGUUAAAGGCGAGGAGGUGUGGCAGGAAGCGGAGGAAUCACGCUCAGAGCUGGAGGACGAGGAGGAGGAGCUCCGGCACAACAGUGAAGCUGAAGACGAGGAGGAGGAAGAGGAAGAGGAGGAGGAGGAGGAGGAGGAGGAGGGAGAGCACACGCUGGACGACACCCAUGACCACAUGACGAACCGUCGCAUAUCAUCAGAGGAGGAGCCCACUGCGCCAUGAGAGGUUGGAGAGAAGACAGACUGAAGGAGAGAGAGAGAGAGAGAGAGAGAGAGAGAGCGUGUGUAAUGAACAGAACUGGAUAACACAAAAGGAGGCCAAUCAAACAACGGGGAGCCUGACACACACACACACACACACACACACACACAGUAGUGAGACAGGCUUUGACACAUUGUCAAGAGCCACAGGAAAAUACUAAAACAGCAGGGUGCUGUCAGAGCGCACCAAUAACUGAUGAGUUACACAGUAACACACACACACACACACACAGACAGAGAAAACACGGUGACGGACUCAACGCUUAGUCAGAGCCGCGGGGAGAUAGUAAAACAGCAGGGCGCUGUCAGAAUGUCUUACUGCAACAAGUUGUGCGCACACACACACACACACAGGCGUCAGGGAGGGCUGGAGCUCAUCAGAACGUCCUCGUCCCUAAACCUUGUGUGUCUACACAGCAGGGUGUGCAAUGUUCAGAUUAUUGUUCUGAUCCCAUUGAUGGUCAUGGAUUGACGGGUUCAUGUGAGCUUCAUCCUGAGGAGUCGGCCGUGUGUUCAGUAGACCCCGAUGCGGCAGAACAUCACAUCUGGUUCAGUUUUAUCUGACUUUACUUCUCCCUCCAAAAUAAGACGUGCAGUGGAAUUUGCUUAAAGGUGUAGUCUCUCUCUCUCUCUCUCUUUCUCUUCUUACUUCUCUUCCUCCAAUCCCCCUGUUUCUUCUCCUCCACCUUUUCCCUGUCUCUUUUGCCGGAUGUUCCUGUUUGAUUUCUACUUGCUGAUGUUAAAUAGGCUUUGCUGUUAUUUCUAAUGACUUGUGUAUACUGUGUCAUGAAAGUGAUGAUGCUGACUUCUCUGUCUGCACUGAGGGAGCCAGAGGCCUUUCCAACACAUGUAAAUAAUACAAAUAAAAGGCUGGAACUUU